ACUGCAAACAGCAGCACUUCAUGAGCUUUUUCUUGAUCUAAUCAUUAGAUGAACUGCUUCCGUAGCUUCGUGCACAAGCGGUAACUAAUCAUCUCAACAUGACCUAUUUUUGACAAACAUAUCGACUAAUCCAAAAAGAUGAGCCUCCUUCUGAGAAAACGCGUUUCUUAUUUACAGCAACUCUAAACCAACAUCCACAAAACAAACUCAGCCCAGAGAAACGAAGAAACUCACAGAGAAGGUAAAUAGACGUUUGUAUGAGUAGACUUUUUGUGAACUUCGUCUGUCCAGAAGUUUCAUUAUACCAAAGCAAAGAACAGCCCGAAGUGUUUGCAGAAGAUCAACAUGAAUCAGAGAAAACCUGCGAGAGGCCGUCAAAACCAGCUCUUCAACCCAAAUCAGAUUCAUCCAAAUCCAAAACACGUACUUCAGCUAAAUGUUGGGAACGACCAAAUUCACCAUCAGAAGUUGUCCUGCUCUCAACUCAUUCACUUUCUGAAAACAAGCAGAAAACCAGCGUCUGAACUGCCGUCAUCAGCCGAUGAAGUCAAAUACAGGCCAAACAUAACCCAGUCUUCAUUUGGUCUGAUGCAGCAACAAAACAUCAGUGCAACAGCGUCUGUGAAUCAGAGAGUCGUGGCUUUGACCGGUGCUGAGAGGAACAGGGAGAAUAAGAUCUUUUCUAAGGAGAACGCUUCUGAACCCAUGUUUGCAGAGAAAGAAAGCGCUGAUGUUUCCUACCACUGGAUGAUUGCCACAAACACUGAAGUGUGGGACAUUGGGGAUAUUUCCUCCGAUACAGAUCAGUCCUUGCCAGAGCCGUUCCCAAAUGAAGUGACCGAUUUUAAUUUCCAAGCUGACUGUAAAGUUCCUGAUCUCUGGAGCCGAAGCGUGUGUCCCUCAGCAGAAGAACCGUGGCGUCUGAAGGACGGUCAAAGCCCCGACACACUGACUGACCACACUGAAGAUGACCACGCUGUACAUGUCACAAUCACAGAGUUUCAGAGUCGCAGAUUUGAGGAGAUGCCAGUUGUUAUCAGCCACGCUGUUAACCCCAACAACUUCUUCAUCCAACACAAGGACACACAUCUCUGUGAACUCUCUGAAAGCAUGCUCAGGAGGAAUAGCAGCAGAUCUUUUGCAGAGAUGAAUCGCAUCCCAGACGUUGGAGUUUAUGUCAUGGUUUGGUUCCUCAAGCAAGAGAUGUGGAGCCGCGGUCAGAUCAUCAGAAUCUGUCAGAUGAGUCGAGGGUCCAGCAGCAGAGAUUGCACAGACAUUAAGGUGGAGGUCAGGAGGAUUGACUAUGGAGAUGUUGUUUGCGUCUCUCUUUGGGAUGUUAAGGAACUGUGUGGAGAAGCAGCAUCCAUACCUGUGCAAGCGCUGCAGGUCUCUCUGGUGAAUGUGAGGCCAGUGAAUGGAGAAACAUGGUCUUUUGAAGCGAUCAGCUGGUUCAAGAGUAAAGUGCAGAACAAGACUCUUUAUGCCAGGCUUUACCCAGAAGAAGGAGAAGUUUUGGUUGAACUCUUCAUGGAGAAGGGAAAGAUUGGUGCUAUGAGGAGAGGAGACUCUCUGUCUGUGAGACUUGCUCAGAAUAGAUUUGCCGUUCAUGAAUGUAACAAACCCAGGGGCCUGAAGAGAAGUGACGUCCCAGAGCAAACCAGACAGCAGUCGUUACAGCGGGAGAAGUAUCUGAUCUCCUGUUACAGUCACAACAGGGAAUAAUGUUCAGUGAUCAGCA